GCAAGUGGAGAGAGCGCGCAGGGAGGCUGGGGAGGAAUUGAGGUUCCGGACCAUUAGCAGGGAGACGCGAAGGGCCCUGAGCCCAGGAGAAGGAAUGGCGUCUUGUGCAUGUUGCAGAGAGGACUGAGUAAACUGGGCAGAAGACAGGGAGGGAAGGAAGGAAUGUGGCUCAGGGCUAUGACAGCAAUGUCCAGACUCUGGGAAGAGGAUGGAGAGGAGUGGGAGAGAUCCGAACGUUCAGAGAGGCGUCAGGUCUCCAUGUUAACAGGAGGGACCGAAAGCUCAUAGUGAGAAGAGGGGGCCUGAGACGGGUGACGGGAGAAAUAGCAGGGUUAGGUUUACAAGAGACUCGUGGAGGACGAAAAGAAGUAGCCUGUCAGAAGACUGGCAGGGGUGGUGUCGUCUUGGAACACAGACAAAUUGAGAGAGGUCACCGUGUGAAGGUGAAAGACCCUCAGAGAGGACCUUCCCUCAGGAGGAGACCCCUAAACCCAAGGGACAGUCCGAGACCACUGGCUACAACGGCAAGAGGUUUUUUUUUUUUUAUUGAGAAGUGUACAGGUACCUGCGGGCGUCAGAGUCUAUUUGGAAGACUUGUGCGCCGGCAGGCUGGGUAAGGGUCUUUUUAUAGGAAAAAGGGCGGCAGAAGCAGAUACAUGGUUACAGGGAUUUCAUUGAUCAGUUUGAAUGAGGCUAUGGAUUUACUUGAGGACAAGUUCCUCGGGGACAUGAAGAUCUGAUAAUAGCUGACUUGGCUCUAUCUAGGGCACAUGUAUUUUUUCCCAGAACUUUUUGUUUCCCUCCUAGGCCUGAUGUCUGACCACAGAUAUUCCUGUUUGGCAGCCUAGGAGUACCGACUUUACCUUGAACUUAUACUUGUUUGUGUGAAAGCCUUGCAAAAUGGCAUUACUGCAGCUAAGCUGGGGUCUUUCAAAGGGACAAGGAAGUUUCACAGGAUAAGAGAAAUGGAGAAUGACCAAGUUAAGGAGAAGAGUGGCUAUAAUGGUUAGGGUUGAGAGGGAAGAGAAAUCGUGGGUCAAAUGAGGGGAAAUAAGUAUUGGGGAGAGCUCUUGGACUUAAGAAGGGGGGACACCAGAGCCUUCCAGGCUGGGGAAUGUUUGAUGUGCAGAGGAGUUGGGGGCUCUCAUAUAAACGCAGCUAGACCACUGAAUGACAUUGGAAGCUCAGGUCAAGGGAAGUUUAAAUGAAGUUAAACUAAAGUAGGGAGCUGAGGACAAGAGACAUAGGAACCUCAUACUCAGAAUAGGAGGAACGAGUCUUCUCAGACUGGAAGAGUACUCUUCAUGUGUGGAGGAUGACAAAGAGGAGGGAUGAAGUAUUUUCUGCACCAAGGAAACACAUGUUCAGGCUUCUCUUCUUUCCUGAAGCAUCUAUGGCUGAGGACUGGCAGGACUGCCCAGCCCUGGGCCCUGGCUGGAAGCGUCGUGAGUCCUUUCGAAAGUCAGGGGCCUCUUGUGGACGCUCAGACAUCUAUUAUCAGAGUCCCACAGGCGACAAGAUUCGAAGCAAGGUUGAACUGACUCGAUACCUAGGCCCUGCAUGUGAUCUGACCCUCUUUGACUUCAGACAAGGCAUCUUGUGCUACCCGGCUCCCAAGACCCAUCCCUUGCCUGACCCCAGCAAGAAGCAAAAGAAGCCUUCUAAACCAGCCAAGGUUAAGAAGCAGCAGGGUGGGCUGCAGAAGAGUGAUGUCACGAAGGCAACCCCGCGGGCUGAGAAUAAUGCUGGCACUGGCACAGCUCCAGCUUCAUUACUUGUACCUGGCCGCUGUGAGAAUUGUGGAAUCCGCGUCCCAAGGAAUGGUAUCAGAAGGCAGAGGCUCAAGACAUUAUGCGAAGACUGCCGAGCACAGAGAAUUGCCUUCAACCGAGAACAGAGAAUGUUUAAGAGAGUUGGCUGUGGAGAGUGUACAGCCUGCCUGGUGAAAGAAGACUGUGGGGCUUGCUCCAUCUGCCGCCUGCAGCUGCCCCAUGAUGUGGCCUCAGGGCUCUACUGCAAGUGUGAGCAGAGACGUUGCCUCCGGAUUGUGGAGAAGAGCCGAGGGUGUGGAGUAUGUCGGGGUUGUCAGAACCAAGAAGACUGUGGCUGUUGCCGAUUCUGCCUUCGCCGUCCCCGCCCUGGUCUCAAGCGCCAGUGGAGGUGUCUGCAGCGGCGCUGCUUGUGGGGUAAACGUGACCGUGACCGUCGUAAGAGUAGCUCGAAGGUGGCUGCUCAACGUCACUCCCAAGCUCGGCCAGUGCCUCCACUUCCUGCAAUGCAGCACCCAGAGCCCACAGAGCUGCACAUCAGCGACCUAGCGCCCACAUCACCUGCUGAGUUCGUCUAUUACUGUGUAGACGAGGACGAGCUACAGCCCUACACGAACCACCGGCAGAACCGCAAGUGCGGGGCCUGUGCAGCCUGCCUACGGCGGAUGGACUGUGGCCACUGCGACUUCUGCUGCGACAAGCCCAAAUUCGGGGGCAGCAACCAGAAGCGCCAGAAGUGUCGUUGGCGCCAGUGCCUGCAAUUUGCCAUGAAGCGACUGCUGCCCAGUACUGGGUCAGGGUCUGAGGAGGGAGCAGGACCGCCUCCAUGUCACCCUUGUCGAAAGAGGCCUGGUUCUCCUCGACAGCUCCGUCCAAGCUCCUCUUCAAAGGCCCCUUUGGCUGUGCACACAACCCCACCAUGCCCCGCCCAGGCUUCAGCAAAGCAGCAAAUAGGUAGAGGCUUUGUGCCGACCCCACCUGACACAGACCUUGUGUUUUUACGAGAGGGUGCCAGCAGUCCUCUGCAGGUGCCUGGUCCUGCUGCAGCUUCCGCAGAAGCCCCGUUACAGGAGGCCCAGUGCUCUGCCCAGAGUUGGGUUGUGACCUUGCCACAGGUGAAGCAAGAGAAGGCGGAUGCCCCAGAGGAGUGGACAGCAGGCACAGCCUUCCUGACUUCUCCCACGUUGCAGUCUGGCUGCCCUAGCAAGGCAGUAGAUCCAGACCUUCCACCUGUGAAACAAGAGCCCCCUGGCCCUGAGGAGGAUAGAGAAGAAAACAGAGAAGAUUAUGUUUCUGCAUCAGCCCCAGAGGAGGAGACAGGAGGGGUUGGCACACCAGUGAUCACAGAGAUUUUCAGCCUGGGUGGAACCCGCCUCCGGGACAUAGCAGCUUGGUGGCCAAGGUGUGCCCCAUACAGUUAGGUGUGGGGAAUGGGGUCCAAGGACCUUAAAAAACCUGAAGCUAAAAUGCAGUAGACUGGAGACUUCUGCUGACUGUAGGACUGAAGGUGAUAUUUGCACACCGGCUUUAUGAGAAACAACCCUGAUCUACCAGGGGCCGGGCCCUGGCCUGGUCGCAGAGCUUGUUGGUGAAUCAGCUCUAGGAGAAAGACCUGCAAGCACAAUCGAGGAACAGGCCUGCCCAGGCCUGGAAACUUAGAGGAAAGAAGCUGGAGAGAAGAGAAAGAGUAGAAGGCUGGGAGAACGUCCGCUCCUCCAAGGAUCUCAGUGUGAUGAGAAGGUGGAUAUAGGGGAGGGGAGGAUAUGAUCGAAGCCACUACCAACAACUCAAACAAGCCAUCUUCAUAACUGUUGGUGGCUUCCGGAUGAGACCUGGCAGUGUGUCUGCACAUUUUCUCAGGGAAACAGCAGUUGAAAUGCUACAGAAUAAAGGAGGAAAAGACAUUGUUUGGUGAGCUCCUCCCGUGGAGCCACUUACUGAACCCUCACAGUAGUCCUUAGGAAGACAGUGAGUGAGUGAUAUUGAGCACUUCUGCAGGUAGGUAAACAGACUCAGAGGAGACAAACGUAUCAGUGUCAAACAGCUAGUGUUGGUAGAGUCUAGAAAUCCACCAGGCUAUACAAGCUUUGUUCUUUAAUCCACUAAACUGUUAACUGCAGUCUUUUGUGCAAUAAUGUAUAUUACAAUAACAGUUUUAGUGACUUUGAAAGUAGCGAUAGAUUACUACGAAGAGUAUAAAAUAUCCUUUACACCUUUGCCUCAGUUGAUGUUAGGGAAUGCCUAGGCUGUGGGUGGAUGGGGUCACCUUCUCGUCAGAGCAUUGGUUCAUGUAGAAUCUAGGUUCCCUGAAGGCCCCAUAUGCUGCAUAGGAUCCCUCAGCCCCAAAAGUGCGUUCUUCCUCACUGUUGGCUGACAAUUUGCUUGAGCCCAGAUAGUCUCACUUUAGCCAGAGCAGUGCUUGGAACUAAAGCUGUCAGCCUGGGCCGUCUUUUCCAGGCAGUAUCUUCUCUCUGAUGACCUUUGUGCAUGUUUCCUGCCCUCAGCCCAAAUGUUUGUUAGGAGGCUGAAUGAGCUUAUGCACUGAGUCCCGCCCAAGGGCUGGUCUUGGCUCAGCCUUACCUCACUUUCCAUCCUUAAAAUGCCAAAAAGAUAGAGAACUGGUUACUUAGCCAGGUUUACAGGGCCAGGACUGAGUGCCUCGACAUACUUUGUGUCCUGUGUGCCCCCCUUGCUUUAACCUAGUCCCAAGCCCUGCUGCUUUAGGUAAUUCAGAUGUGGAUUACUCAUUUCUUAUUUCUGACUUACAAGGCACAGCUCUCUGCCACCUUCUACUCUUCCUUUGCCUUGCUUUGCCUAAUUCUAUCCUGGAGUCAUACUGCUUUUUAACCCCUAGAGCAUACCACUUGUCCCUAGUAUUCUGAUCAUUCUGACAGUGAUGUUCUAAGGGUAACAUCUUGGUUGGCAUUUGACUUGUGAACAAAGAUUCUGAUUACUAUGUGUAUUGACUCGGGUACAGUCAAAAGGUCAGAACCACUGUAACAAAGACUAUGUGUUUUAGGGGAGUUUUGGGAGACAUUUUACAUUGUGUAAUUUUGGGAGAUAGUUUAGUAGCCUCUAAGACUGUCAGUUGUAUGUAAUACUUGAGCUCAAAAUAUUCAGGACAGGCAGUGAGGAAGGGAAGGUGGAUGGACCCAUGGGGGCCCAUGAACAAGAGUUGGAAUUCAAGAUGGCCUGAAAUCCAUGUUAGUGUCUCACCGUCUCCCGCUUCGAUGAUGUUUGUGUCCUGAAGAAGAAGCUAGUGGAAGUAGCAUCUGGCCUAGGACUAGAUAAGCUGAAGGAAGAUCCCAGGGAAGUUGUAACAGCUGGAGGCCUGGCUGUAGGAUUUGCUGUUUCCCCAUACCAAGGUGAGACAGCAGAUUAAUGACCGCUUGUAUGAACUGCAGUACGCCUGGUAUUCGUGCACCAACUUCACAACAGCCUGCUGCUCUUUCACUUCUGCUAAUCACAAUGUUUCUGUGAAUUUUCUUAACUAGACGUCUAUGGGGAAGGAUUCUGGGAAGCAUAGUCUAGUUCAGGUGACAUGUUAGAAAGCCACCCUCCAUGAUUCAGCUCCCAAAGGUCUCACCACUUACCCAAGGAUAAGCUGAAAAUGUAAAGCUGAAGACCAUGGAUUUCAUGAUGGUCCCAGCAAAGAAAGAAACCCUGUCAAGCUCCUCCAUAACAAUCUUGCUGGUCUCAGCUGUAUUUUUGUCAUUCAUCCAAGUAUGGAAAACUUGGCCCAUAGUUAUCACUGUACAUGAUAUUGAGAUCCAAAAAUGCAAUUUUAUAAAAUGCAUCAAUAUAUAUUACAAAUGAUAAAAAGAUCUCCAGUUUUUUAUGGACUUUGAUGCUCAGAAUAUAAAAUCUAAUAUACUAUGGAGAAGCCAGUCCUUUUUCAAGAUGCGUGAGAAGUUGGAAACAAUCAUUUCUAUUUCUAAACUGUUCUAUUUUAAAAUUAUUUUAAAACAA